CGCCCGCGCUUUUGCUCGGCCUGCAGCGGCUGGGACUGGAGCUUGGCGGGGCGGGCCGCGCGAUGCCGGGGCGGCAGAAGCUACAUGGAAUCUGGAAACUUGAAGUGAAAGAGAAGCUACAAACUCUUUGAUAAAUGGAAGCCAUGAAGAUAUCAAAGCGGUUCUACGCUUUUGGGAUUCUAGCCUGUAUAGCUAUUUAUGUAGCUUAUAUAAAAUGGCACAUGGAUUCCAAACCAAUGUCAGGUGUAACAGAUGGGACAACAGAAAACAAGGGAGACAAACUAGACCAUCAGACCUUGGCAGCAGAUCUUUCUGUGUUUUAUGGAAUUAUGUUUGAUGCUGGGAGCACUGGGACACGAAUCCAUAUUUUUAAGUUUACACAGAAGUCAAAAGAAACUCCCAAAUUAACCCAUGAGACAUUCAAAGCAUUGAAACCAGGACUGUCUGCUUAUGCUGAUGAUGUUGAUAAGAGUGCCCAGGGAAUACAAGAACUUCUAGAUGUAGCCAAGAAAGACAUUCCUGUGGAAUUGUGGAAAUUCACUCCUUUGGUCCUUAAAGCAACAGCUGGUUUACGGCUGCUACCAGGAGAAAAAGCUCAGAAAUUGCUGGAUAAGGUAAAAGAAAUAUUUCAGGCAUCUCCUUUCUUCGUGAGGGAUGAUUGUGUGUCCAUAAUGAACGGAACUGAUGAAGGAGUGUCAGCUUGGAUCACAAUAAACUUUUUAACAGGUAACUUAAACGUUCCAAGAAAGAGAAGCGUCGGUAUGUUGGACUUGGGAGGCGGCUCUACUCAAAUCACUUUUCUUCCAAGUUCUGAGACAACUCUCCAGACAUCACCAGCUGGCCAUCUGGCUGCUUUUCAAAUGUUUAACAACACCUACAAACUCUACUCUUACAGUUACCUGGGACUCGGGUUAAUGUCGGCAAGGCUCGCAAUAUUAGGAGGAGUUGAGGGAAAACCCUUAAAGGAGGGUGAGGAGCUAAUUAGCUCUUGUCUGUCACCUGGCUUCAAAACUGAGUGGGAACAUGCUGAAAUCAUGUACAGAGUUAAAGGGCAGAAGGCAGGGGAGCCUCUGUACGAGUCUUGUUCUAACAAAGUAGCCAAAAUGCUCUACAAGAAAGUGUACAAAGCAGAAGAAGUGAAGGACUUGGAUUUUUAUGCUUUCUCCUAUUACUAUGACUGUGCAGCAGAAGUCGGCCUCAUUGACAAGGAAAAAGGAGGUAGCUUAACAGUCAGUGAUUUUGAAACUGCAGCCAAGUACGUGUGUAAGACCAUGGAGGUCAGUCCUGGAGACAAUCCUUUCCUCUGCAUGGACCUGACCUACAUCAGUGUGCUGCUGCAGGAGCUGGGCUUCCCAAAGAGCCAGGUGUUUAAGCUCGCCCGAAAAAUUGAUGAUAUUGAAACAAGCUGGGCUUUGGGAGCAACAUUUCAUUAUAUUGACUCACUCAACAGGCUGCAGUAUUAAAGCUUCUUAGUCCCGAUUCUCAAAAGUGGCCUUUGAGAAUCACAAGGGUUGGGAACCCAAUGGAAGUUGCCUGAACAGGCACCCUUUUUGCUGAUCAGACUCUUUAAAAAAGACUGUCUGAAGCUGGGCAAUCAACACCACUAGCUACGUCUGGCAAUGCAGAUCAUGGCAGCUAAACAUUUGACCCUUGACCUUAUAGCAUCCUCAGAAUAUUCGAUAUGAAACCAGUUCAUCAAGAAACUUUAGAAUUUGCUGUGAGACUUUCCUCACAAAGCUGCUACAAUCUCUGUGAGAAAAAUACACCUUUACAGCACAUGCCAACGUCACUUUUGCUCAUGCUAUGCUGACAUCGAUGUUAGAAAUAGCCACGCCAGAUGGGACUCUGUUAUUGUUCUGAAUUGAAAACAUAUUUUGGUUAAUGGUCCUCAGUGAAUUUUAAUCAUUUAAGUAUUUUAAAAUUAACUUAUGUGUGUAGGGAUGCCUUUGCAUAGCCAAACUGCCAGCAGGAGAAGCUGUUGGCUUUGAAAUAUAGUUUGGGAUACUUGACUCUGCUGGAAUAAGGUGGAGAUUUUUUGCUUCCUUAGAGUGUAGUGGAAGAGCGGCUAAGGUGUUCUGCUGCAGUUCUGGAGGUGUGAGUUCAAUCCCUUCCCUGGACUCAUGCUAAAGACUACCCUAGCUGUAAAUAGGGAUUUGGUUUUUCAGGCUGGGGAAUCAAAGAUGGCCAGAUAUGAUGUCAGCUGUAUUGCUCUGUUGGCAACAGAAACUGGCAUGCCUUGGGCAUGCGAGCCUGGGGUGCCCAGAUGAACCUUCCUUUUGCACCCCAUUCCAGCAAAGUGUUGGGAUAUUGUGCAGAUGACAAGCACAUGCUUAAAAGAUUGUUAUAGUCUAUGGGAGGCCUUUGACUCUGAAGUGCUUUAAGUAGUUGCUGCUGGAAGUGAGGUUGAUUGAACCCCAUGUCAGUCCUCACCUGCCAUGUGGCUUGACUGGAGCUAGGGGAGGUGGGGAGAUUGAUAGGGAGCUUCUGCAGAGCAUACCGUUUCUUCUAACCCCCCCCCCC